AUGGAGAAGCCGUACGGGUACGCGAGCGUGAGCAUGACCGGCGUCGAACGCGCCGGCGGGAAGGAUAUCGAUCUGGAGAUGGGAGUCGGUGAGGCGACGCUUUACCCGGGGCUAAGCUACGGCGAGAAUCAGCUCCGAUGGGGAUUUAUCCGUAAGGUCUAUGGGAUUCUCUCAGCCCAGCUCCUCCUCACCACGCUUAUCUCCGCCGUCGUUGUCCUUAAUCCUCCUGUCAACGAUCUCUUGACCGGAUCUCCCGGCCUUCUUCUCUUCCUCUGCAUCGUCCCCUUCAUCUUAAUCUGGCCUCUGCACAUUUACCACCAGAAGCAUCCUAUCAACCUGAUCCUCCUUGCCCUCUUCACAAUCUCAUUGAGCUUCACUGUUGGUGUCAGUUGUGCUAUGACAGAAGGAAGAAUCGUCCUUCAAGCUUUGAUAUUAACACUGUCUGUGGUCGGAUCUCUAACCGCAUACACUUUCUGGGCUGCAAAGAAAGGCAAAGAUUUCAGCUUCCUUGGACCCAUUCUCUUCACCAGCCUCAUCAUUCUUGUAGUGACCAGCUUCAUCCAGAUGGUCUUCCCGCUUGGCCCGACCUCUGUAGCCGUAUAUGGAGCUUUCAGCGCAUUGGUAUUCUGCGGAUACAUAGUCUACGAUACCGACAAUCUCAUCAAGCGUUUCACAUACGACGAAUACAUUCUCGCGUCGGUGGCUCUCUACUUGGACAUCCUCAAUCUUUUCUUGACCAUAUUGCGUAUCCUGAGGCAAGGUGACAACUGA